GCUGCGAGCUGGGGGCGCGGGGAUCAGCGGCUCGGCUCUGACACGGGACUGCGCUGGGACUGGGAGGUGUCUUUUCUUGAUUGUGUUUUCUUUUUGCUUAGCACGUACUUCAUCUCUUUUGCUAGGUUAGAAAGACACAAGCAACCAUAAAAAAUGAAAAAAUGCUUUUUUUAUUGCAGCGAUACUGUAUUGUUGACAUUCAUUCGGUGUGUUAUCUAUAACAGCCUCUUAAUCAUUACUGCAGCUGAGUCAGUUGUUCCCAGGGUUGUGUUUUCCUGCAGCUGACAGUUCCUGACUAAGAACUCGAAAGCCUGUCUCGGUCUCUGUCCUGUUUUCCUCCCCGGACGAUGGCCCUUGGUAACAGCCUAACUUCUCUUUUGCUGGCUGACUUGCACAAUAGCACACAAACGUGGUCUUUUUAAAGGCGCUUGUCCAAAAGGAUGUCAAAGCAUCAACCACUUUCUAAAUGUGCCGUGGUUUUAAGCCCAGCUGGAGAUGAAACCAGGACAAAAUGAUUCAGAUGUUUUUGUGGAUCUUCCUUGGGGUGGGGGAAGGGAAAAAUGGAACAAACUGCUUUUGAUCUACAGAAAGUCAUUUGUGGGUCAAAAGCUGAAGUUUGUUUAGCUCACAUUCUCAGGAACAGUGAUCUCUCUCUUACUUGUUAGGGGGUAAUUAUUUUAUGUUGCUGUGAUGCCUUGGGAGCCUUACUAGAGGAGUGUGAGCUCUCACACUCUACAGAACGAAAAGACAGCCUCUGCCUGAAGGUACCUCCAGGCUUGAUCUAGGAAGGAGGCAACACACGUGUGUGGGAGUACAGGGAAAGCCAGUGCUGAUCAGCAGCCACACAAUGGCUUACUAGUUAGCCUAGAGAAAAAACAAACUCAUUUUUUCAUUGGUCUGGUGCCAGGAGAGAGUUAGGGAAAGAUGUGGAAGGUGACUGGAAAACUACAGACUUUAGGCUUUCACUUAGAGUUCAUUUCCUUAUCCAUAGUAAGCUCUGCCUCUAACUGAAGCACUCAAACCUUCUCAAGAAGGUUUAGGAGCACUGUAGCCAUUUGGCAUUUCCUUAGGUAACCCAACCAGGGCUUAGCGACCUUAAUGGUUAAAAGUGUUUCCUGCUAGUGACCACUGAAAGCUGAACUUCGCUGCAGUUUAAAGCCACUUCUGCUUGCUUUGGGUAUAAAAGAAGGCAAUAAAUGUUUGCCUCUUUCUUUACAUAAUUGACUACUGUUGUAAUUUUUUCCUUCCCUCUAUUAAGCUUUUCCAUUUUUAAAAUUUUGUUGAUUUUCUUUAGACUUCUGAUAUUUUUGUAGGUCUCUUUAGCAGAGACCUGAUGUUUCAUUUUCAAGUGUGGUCCUUAAAAAUAGACCUGUAUCACUAUUACAGCUAGGCCUGUUGUUUCUAGUCUUGUGUUUUCCUGCAGUCAGUCAUUUCUCUUGAGCAUAACUUCUUGAGUUUCACUGCACCUUUUCAUAUUGCUCCUGAAGACUACUUUACUUUAAAUUCUGCUCCUAUCUUUCUGUGCUGUCUAAAUAAGGAGGAAGCUGCAUAAAUGUGUACAGGACCAGUGCUGCAUGAAGCAAGCGUUUGUCCUUACCUUGAACAAGUGGGUGAUGGGGUCUGGUUUCCUGGGAUAAGAUGACACAGGAGGCUCAAACGAGAGUGUGAGGCCUGAGAGUUCUAGGGUGAAGCAAGGUUUCACGUAAACUGUUUACAAGUCAUGCUUUUGCAUGUCCUGUACCUAAGCUGAUAAAGCAUCUAUGCACUUUAAUCUCAAGUCUAUGCCACUCUGCUAGUAGUGUGAGCUGUGCCUUGGAUAUAAAGACCUACCAGCCAAAGUCUUGUUCCUGCCUUAGUAAUGUUCCAGAGGUUAAAUAACAUGCUCAUGGGAGAGAUUGAUAGCUUGUCCAGCCAAGAGCCAGAGUUCAGUGAGAAAGAAGAUGACGAGUGGAUUCUGGUUGACUUUAUAGCAGACACUUGCACUAAUUGCUCUGUGGAGGAAGCAGACAUUGAAGCAUCGCCCACCGACAGCUCGCCCGUCUUCUCUUGUUUAUCGUCUCCCUUGGAACACUUGCCAGAGGCCAGCGAGUCUUGCUUCAUCCAGUUUGAGUCAUGUCCUAUGGAGGAGAGCUGGUUUAUUACCCCUCCCCCGUGUUUUACUGCAGGUGGAUUAACCACUAUCAAAGUGGAGACCAGUCCGAUGGAGAACCUCUUAAUAGAGCACCCCAGCAUGUCUGUGUAUGCUGUCCACAAUACCUGUCACGGCCUUAAUGAGACUGGAUGUGCGGAUGAGGAGUUUCACAGCCCAGGUAGUCCCAGACAGGAGGCCCAAAAUGAAACGGCACAGCGUGUUCACUGCUAUGUCACGGCUCUUGCUACUAGUUCAACUUUUCUGGAAAAAAACAAGCGCUUUCGUCCUACCCACUGGAUAAAAGAGCAUAAUGAAAGACACUAUCUCAACAGAAACAGUCUCCGUCGCCAAAACCUUACCAGGGAUUGCCACUCUCGGCAAAUCAAGCACAAUGGACUGUUUGUUCACCAGCCUUGCCAGCGUCAGUUCAAUUACUGAUGGUUCUUGUGGUUUUAAUCUAUGGUCUAAUUGUUUCUUAGGUUGCUUUUAUUUUCAUGUGUAGGUAAGAGUGGUCAAUCUGAAGCUGAUUGUCAAUCCCUCAAACACAAUCGUAACUAGUGUUGCAUUAUUUUCAAAAGACACAUAAAUCUCCAAACAUCUUGCAUCGAGUUCUAAAUGUUGAUGUUAAAUAUCAAUGUCUUGGAAGCCUAUCAGUAUGAUAGUUUGUGUGCUGUUUUAUAAACUUUGAUGUAUAGAUGGGUUCUUAGUUGGUAUUUUAAAGAAACUUAACUGAGAUGGAAAUCAGUUACAUUUUGCAUUAAUCAAAAUGGAGUUAGAAAAUUUGAGGUUAGCCAUGUGCUUUGAUGACCAGUACUUGACAGCUUGUGUAUCUGUCUGUAUUCAGCAUAUAUGAUCACUUUCUGACAAGGAAAUUCUAUAGCUGCCAGUGGAUAUUACAUAGCUGUGCUGAGCUGUUUCAAGAAGGACAUCUCAUCUAAAUUCCUAGAACUUACUUGUGUUAAUGGGGUCUGUGUAGGUGUGCUGGGUACUUGAUAUGGAUAUUGAAAGAGGGUUAAAUGUCCCACCAAUAUUGUUGCAGUACAAUAUGGCACCAGUGUUACAGAUGUAGUACCUCGCAGUGGAGUGGGAAGAAAAGUGAACCUUUGGGUAGCGUGCAGAUGCACAACACAGAGAAUUGAACUGGGUUUUACUAGGUAAAGUUUGAGUUUCUCUAACUAUUUCUGUCUUUGAAGCAUGUAUUUCCCCUACCCUAUCUCAUUUAAUCUCUAGUCUAGUUAAAGGAGAAAGAUGGUGGAUUGACCGUUCUUUUAAUCCUGUCAGGAGCUGACUGCUCGUCAAAGAAGUCAGGCUAAUAAACACCUAUUUCUGAGCUACAAAUUGCUAUUAGAUUGUCUCAUAUUCACAGAUUGAGAGUAGCUUGGAAGUAGCUAGAAGGAAGCUUUUAUUCUAAAUUCUCCUAAUUUUCUCUCUUUUUCUCUAUGAAAAUGAAAUCCAAGUUAAUGGGGACUGGAAAUGAAGGGCAGUGUGAGGCAGGGAGAAGUGGAUGCUGAGCUAAACACAGUGAUAACAGAGUGUAUAAAAACUGAUCAAUCAGCCAUGGUUGUUCUCCCAGCCCACUGAAGGCAGAAGGACUUGAUAGCAAUUCCAUGGGCCUACAGGAAAGAAAAGCCAUUCAAAACUAUCAAGUAGUUUUCUUAAGAGCACUGGGCAAGAUGUUUUGGAAGUUGGCAGGCACUGCCAGCUACAACUACAGGUAAAGUAAAGUUUACCUGUUAACAAAAGCUGUGUUACACAGCAGCCAGUGGUUUGCUGAACCCUGAUAGAUCAGUCUGGGAAGUGGAAUGAAUGGGUAUGGAAAUAAGGAAGCAGAAAUCUUCAGUGAAAGAAGGAGGGGAGCCAAAAGUAAGUUUGUCUUCCUUUCUGCCAGUGCAUAAUGUGACUUGCUGUUUUCCCUUGUGUUUAGUGCCUAGGGCAUUACAGUGUUAACAUUACACUCAGCUGUGUCUUCCAGUAGUCCUUACACAGAAGUUGAUACAAGGAGUCUUUGAAAUAAGACAAGGUUGAUAAUGUGAAUUGUUCCAGACCUAUGAAGUAUUUAAAUUCAGCCAGAUGCUUCAAUUUCACUGAAGCAAAACCCCAACAAUUCAGAUUGACCUUGAUGUAGUGGUACUGUUGCGUGUUCUGCAGCUGGAAUUGUUGUGGAACCUACUUAGCAUACAGGGAACAGCAUUUAUAACCUAUCUUUCACUGCAGAUGUGCUGCUUCACUGCAAUUAGGAUUGUCACAAAGGGAUGUUGAAAAUAAUUAAAUGUACAAAAGCAACAGGUGCUGUCCUGGACACACUGGUUUUUGGGGUUUUGGUGGUUUUUUGUUUUUUGGGUUUUUUUUUUUUUUGACAAAUUCAAUUCACAUGGACACUGAAAGAAAACAAAAUUGGUCACACCAUGAUUUUCCAAAAGAGAUCUUUUGUUACUGCAGUUUUAGCAGUAUGGGCCCAUGUCCAUACAACAAUUCUCAUGUGGUCUAAAUACUUUGGUUUAUCUGCAAAUAACUGUAGUUUCAUCAGUCUCUUAUCUGUUCACAAGUACUCUUACUUCCCUCAGAUUAUCUACCUUUAUCACUCCAACUUUUUGUCUAGCUUAAACUUCCUUAUCCUUGCUGCCAACUUUUUAGCUCAGGAAAAUUCUUUGCUUUCCUGUAUUACUUUUCUUUAUAUAAAAGUAACUACUUUCCUUCAGCUUUAAUUUUCUUAAAGUGCAAUGAAGGAAGAUGGUGUCUCCACCUCCCUGUGUUAGUUGGAGUAAGUAAUCCUUAAACUCCUAAUGGGGAGAUGGAGCUGAGAGUAUAAGGCUCCCAGGCAUUAAAAUGGGAGCUUUGGUCUGUUCUUCUCAGUAGGCAAGUAAAUGCAACUUUAGACUGCUCCUAGAAUUGGGAGAUACUGAUCUUUUUAUACUGCAUUACUAGAUGACUUUCUGGUGAUGAAAACCUAUAUCUUUCAGGAUAUAAACUAUUUUGUUGCACAAAGCUGUGCUUCUCAAUUUGUAAUAUUGGAAACCAUAUUAUUGUGUGAGAUAGUACUACAUCAAUGGCUUUUUGUUAAUUUGUUUUACAUAUUUAUGUUGGUCUAGCCCUGUUUUGUGCCUGGAGCUAUUGGGCAAUUAGAUUUGUUUUGGUUUACUGUUUUAAUAGUGAGCUGUGUGGCUUUUUAUAUGGUUUUUUGAAAUGUAUUAAAGUGUGCGUUUUUUCUUGUAAAAGUGGAGGCCUUGCACUGUCUCAUACUGAUUGAUAUUCAUGAAUCUUGCUGAAAUUGUAUUUUCCUAUGUAUUGGUCAAUGGACAGAUUUGCAUUUUAAACUGUGCCUUCUACACAGCAAACUUGAAGAUUCAAAAGGGACAUUUCAGUUGGGAUUAAUACUGUACAUCAGUCUAUGCAUAUAUGGCAGCUUCUCUCCAGAGCCACUUCUCUAUUUGUAGCAAUCCUUUUGAUAUGGAAGAAUCUGUGGCUCUUAUUUUUAAUAGUUUAACACAAGCUGAAAACAGACAAAAUACAGCACUUUGCCAAAAAAGGUAGCAUUGCUUAACCAGUGUGUAUUUACUAAAGUGAUCGUCUGUAUUUUGUUUUCAUAGUGCGUUCUGCGCACUGUGGGGAAACAUGAUCUUAACUCUCAAUAAAAAAUGGCCUAUUAAAAA